AUCUCUUCUCUUCCACCAGAAACCGGAAAGGCUCGCCGUCGAAUCGAAUCGGAUCGAAUCACAGCAGCGAGCGGCGGCGGCGGCGAUGGGGAUCGGCGAGCACUUUGAGGGCGUGAAGCAGCACUGGGCGCGCAACUUCGCCUUCCUCGACUACUUCAAGAAGGUCCACGGCCGCGACCAGCCCCUCCCCAAGUGGUCCGACGCCGACGUCGAAGAGUUCAUCGCCUCCGACCCCGUCUACGGCCCCCAGCUCAAGGCCCUGAGGGAGUCCAGGAAGUUCGCGCUCGGCGGGGCCCUCGUCGGCGCCGCGCACCUCGGCGGCGUCGCCGUCAAAUACUCCAAGAGCCCCCACGGUGUGGUGCUGGCGACCGGGUUCGGGGCGCUCACCGGAGCCGUGCUCGGGUCGGAGGUGGCGGAGCACUGGUACCAGCUCUACAAGAUGGACAAGCAGGGGGCCAACCUCAGGUUCAUCUACUGGUGGGAGGACAAGGUCUCAGGCCAGAAGAACUGAACAAGACUUCUGCAUAUGCUUAUUGCCUGAUGUCUGUGUGAGCAUACUGGCUUAGCAAGACAAUGAUGUCCCUAGUGUGGAACUUGUAGUUUUUGCUUCCUAGUCUUUUUCCAAUAAGGCGUGUAUUGGUUGUGGCAAUCAAUUGGACAAUGUAUUUUAUUUUCUCUACUAUGAGCCUGCUCUCAGUUCCGUCUAAUAUCCGUGUAGUGCUCGUGCAAAUACUAAAUGCCAGUACUUUUCAGUAUAUCUAUCCUCAAGUGACUAUGUCGCAGCUUGUAAGUAUUCAUUGGUCUCAAAGAUAAUAACAGGGCUGCAUACUUCCGUUGAAACAA